AGGAGUUCCGGCCAAGAUGGCAGCGCAGCGAAGGAAUUUGAUGCAAAGCCAUCAGAGCUGGACAGAUGACCUGCCUCUGUGUCAGAUGUGUGGCGUCGGCACGGCACCCAACUGUGUGUACGGCCCCGAUGGGAAAGGCAGCCAGAGUCACCCCAAUGAAGACGGACACUUGAGGUUCAGUGGCGAGGACGGCUGCUUCCUGUACGGGGUUUUUAACGGCUACGAUGGCAGCAGAGUGGCCAGUUUUGUCUCCCAGUGUCUGACGGCUGAGCUGCUGCUGGGGCAGCUCAACUCCAGUCACACAGACAACGACGUCCGCAGGAUCCUCACACAAGCCUUUGAUGUGGUGGAGAAGAGCUACUUUGAGACAAUAGAUGAUGCUCUGGCUGAAAAAGCUCACCUGUCCAACUUUGUCCUGCCGCACAAUGAGAAUGUGUCGUUCCACCAGCUCUCUCCUCAGAACCAGAAGGUGCAGGAGCGUCUGAAGGAGCUGGAGCAAGAAGUUUCAGGAGGAGCCACGGCCGUGGUGGCGCUCAUCCUCAACAACAAGCUGUACAUCGCCAACGUCGGUACAAACCGGGCUCUGCUGUGCAAGUCGAGCAGCGACGGCCAGAACCAGGUGCUCCAGAUCGGGCGACCCCACAACACCGACAACGAGGACGAGAUGCAGAGGCUGGCGGCUCUGGGGGUGGACUCGGCUCGGGUGCGGCAAGCAGGCCAGAUAGCGGGCCAGAGCAGCACCAGGAGGCUCGGAGACUACAGGGUCAAAUUCAGCUACACAGACCUCGACCUGCUCAGUGCGGCCAAGAGCAAGCCAGUCAUCGCGGAGCCAGAGAUCCAUGGCAGCCAGUCGCUGGACGGUGUGACGGGCUUCCUGCUGCUGAUGUCAGAAGGUCUCAUCAAUGCCCUGGAGUCCGCCCACGGCCCCGAACAGGCCAAUCAGGAAAUGGUUGCCAUGGUAGCAGCGGAGCUGGCCCAGCAGUCCAGUCUGGAGGCAGUGGCUCAGUCGGUGGUGGAGCGCGUCAAGCGGCUGCACCACGACGUCUACGUCUCCGGCUGCCAGAGGGCGCCAUACUGCUCGCGUCACGAGGACAUGACCCUGCUCAUCCGCACGCUCAACUACACGCUGGCCGACGGCGCGCUCACGCCCACGCAAGGUGGGCGGAUCUACCCGGUGUCGGUGCCCUACUCCAACAGCCAGAGCACCAGUAAGACCAGUGUCACCCUGUCGCUGGUGAUGCCCUCCCAGGGCACCCUCACCAACGGAACCAACACCGCCUCCACCCUGGAGGAGGGCACCCCCACACCUGGCAGUCAGAGCCCCACUGCCACCCUGCAGUCCACCAACACCCAGACGCAGAGCUCCAGCUCCAGCUCGGGAGACGGCAGCCUCUUCCGGCAGAGGGGCAGCCAGGCCGCUCAGCCCGACGAGACGGGCCGGGUGCCGCCCUACGUGGACUUCAGCCAGUUCUACCGCCUGUGGGGAACCGACCACAGCGACGGCCAGAGCACCCAAGGAGGCCUGGGACCCCAGUGAAGAGGAGAGGGAGGGUGGUGGGGUGUGUUGGAGGGUGGGAGGGUUGAUUGAAUGGAUGCUGUUGAUGUACCAUAACUAAAAAAGUGACCCGAAGGUGCUUGGGGGGACAGAUGGAGGAAGAACUGGGUUUUUCGGGGUCAUGCAGUUCAAGGGCUGGUGGAAAUAACCUCUUGACAUAUGGAGUGGCAUCGCUGCAGAAUUUAAAAUGGAAACAAAAUGAUGCUCCCCUCUCUGUAACAGAAGCCAGCUGUGUGCGUAUUCGCUGCUGUUGUGAUAAAAACACAUCUGCAGACACGGUCGCCGCAGACCUUGACGGUCCUUGAAAGUUUUAGCGUUUUAAGAAAGGCUUUAAAAGAGUCUGAACAUGAAUGGAUGUCCUGGAAAGUAGGUGAGUGUUUUUAUUAUUAUUAAAAUACUUCAGUAAUAAGCCUCGGUCGUGAUGCCCCGGGUCAAUCCAAAAUCCUAUUUAUCCACAAAUCAGGCCGAUUCAGAUGGAGGCAAGAGAGCGUUAUUGGGUCUGGCAGUGCAGGUCAGCUCUCAGCAUACUUAUAGAUUAAAUUCCAAAUACAUUAACAUAAUCAAUUUCUUAUUUCACCGGCGUCUUAAUGUGCUGCACCAUUUCUAUUUUCUCUGGAAACAGCAUCCAUAUGCAUGUCGCAUGCGCUCAACAGAGAAACCAAACAACAAGCAUCAGGCUGCUCAGAUUUUUGGGCUGGCUAGGCUCUCAUGGCGGAUCAGGCUCUUGUGGGUAUUUAAAAAAAAAAAAAAAAAAAAAAAAAGCUGGCUCUUCAGUUGCAAAGCCUUAGCUCUACCGAACGGAACAAAAUGCCAUGGUUGGUUUAGCCGAGCUAUUAGCCUGUUGCUGUUCUUGAUGCCAUCUAGUAGUCAGAUAAAAUCGUAUGGUGCACAUUUAAUUUUCAAAUCAAGUAUGGAGAAAUCAAGCAAACAUGCAGUUAUGUGUUUUUUUUUUUCACAACAGCAGUAAUAUGUAAUUUGUUGGAGUCUAUAUGCCUAUCAUGUAAGAAACAAGGUGAGAUGGAGCGCAUCUGUUCUUUAUCCUCACAACCCAAAACCUGAAGGUGGAGUUGUUCCGCCACAGACAGGGACUAGAAGUUCACGGGAUUUGGGAAGGCUGACGGGACAUUAUUCUUCGACAGCUAUGAUGCAUCAAAAGUAUGAAGCACGCCCCGCUCUUUGUACGCUGAACUCCAAACACAACAGCGAGGAAGAGGAAUGGAAGAGGCCUCGUCCCGCCGUCCGGAUGGUUUGGCAUUGAUGGAUCGGGAGCGCGGGAGGCUCGAGCGCCGGCAGACUCUGCUUGUAACGCGGCGGAGGAAAAAAUAUAAUCAGCCAUCACGGUUAACGUUCAGGGUGAGGGGAGGCUGGAGAAAGCUGGGAUUGGGGAUGGAGUGCGGGAACAGGUGUUGAUUGUCGAGGCGAAUGGAGCCAUUCAUCAAAGUCAAACAGUCGUCACUUUUCAAUGUUUCGCUCUUGUGUUUUCAGAAACAAAAUAACUUCAAUCGACAUCUACAGUAGUGGUACCAAAAUCUGUAUUUAUUGUCUAAUAUGACAUUUUAAAGGAAAAAUCCACUCUCUGAUACUGUAAUGUUGGUUAACUUUUUCAUGUGCAGUGAAUUUCAGGGGUUAUUAUGUGAUUAAGUGGUGUGAUUUCCUUUUUCAGUGUACCAAAUGUCCUCAGCCUGUCUCAUGUACUUCUCCCUCAGCGACUUCCUACAUUUCCCAGAGUGACUUGUGACAGCUCCCGGAGGAGGAGGAUGAUGAUGAUGAUGAUGAGGAGGAGGAGGGGGUGGGGGGGUUCUCCUGUGCUGUAUGUGUGCAGGUGGAGACAGCAAUAGCAAUAAUGCAAUAGGAAUUUAAAGCUGAGAAAAACCGAGCGGAGAGCGAACACUGCUGCACAAAAAAAAAAAAAAAAAAAAAAAAAA